GCCGAGUUCAACGCGCUCGUGCACGUCGGUAUCGAGGCGAGGGGUGCCCAGACAUAUCUCAAGGAGCUCCUGGACGACACAGUGCCUGUGACGCUGGAGAGUGACAACUCUAGCGCGCUCACGAAUGUCGAGAAGAAGGGAGUUGGUAGGAUGCGCCAUAUCGAGCUGAAGGACCUGUGGAUCAAGGACCUCGUCGCACGGAAGGCGGAGACGAAGGUCAGCACCAACAAAGUCCAUACCGAGGAGAAUGCAGCAGACAUCGGGACGAAGCAUUUGUCGAGGAUCGAUGUCAUGAAGCAUCUGACGGCAAUGAGGGUAUGGCUUACUGGAAAAG